CACCCCAUGCCCACCCCGGGGGGGUCAUGCCCGCUGUCCCUGGGGGUCCAUAACACCCCGUGCCCACCCCGGGGGGGGGUCGGUGUGCGCGUUGCCCCCCAGGCUGCGGUACCUGGUGAAGCAGCUCGACUCGGGCGAGGUGAACGUGGAGGAGCUCAAGCGCAAUUUGGAAUACGCGGCCUCGCUGCUCGAGGCCGUUUACAUCGACGAGACCAGGCAGGUGCUGGACACGGAGGACGAGCUGCGGGAGAUGGGGUCGGACGCGGCGGUGCCGUCGGAGGUGCGGGACUGGCUGGCGGCCACGUUCACGCAGCAGGCGAGGGCCAAGGGCCGCCGGGCCGAGGAGAAACCCAAGUUCCGCAGCAUCGUGCACGCCGUCCAGGCGGGAAUAUUCGUGGAGAGGAUGUUCCGGCGGACGUACACGGCCGUGGCACCCACCUACUCCACCUCCGUCCUCAACUGCCUGAAGGUACCGGGGGGGCACCCCAAUAUCCCCGGGGGGGCUGCUGGGCAUCCCUGGACAUCACUGAGUAUCCCUGGCCAUUCCUGGGCCUCCCAGGAAUUACUGGGCAGCCCUGGGCAUCUGUGGCAUUCCUGGGUUUCUCUGGGCAUCCCUGGACAUGACCGGGCAUCUCAGGGA